ACAGUCUUGUGGCAGUAGUAGUAGUAGUAUAACAAUAAAAUAGUCUUGUGGUCAGUUGUAGUGGUAUUGUCACGUGUGUUAUUGUCAUUGUUUACAAACACACACGCCGCCUGGGCCCUGGCUGGCGGCGACCCUUCCUUUUCCUAGGCUUCAAGACAGGAGCCAAGGCAUAUAUUCUUUGGUGCCCUUGAUCAUAGGAAGGAACCAUGAAGUUUUUGACCCCUGAGCAGAGUAAAUUCUAUGAUGACAAUGGCUACAUCGUACUGGACAUUCUUACUAAAGAGGAAAUAUCAGAACUAAGCCAAGAAUAUGACAAAAUAUUUCAAGCAAAGGCCCAUUCCAACUUGGAAGCUACUUGGGAUGGUGACUGGAAGAAAGAUGAACAAAAGAAAGAAGUGAAAUCCAUUCAUGGCCUUCAAAUGUAUUCCGCUGCAUACACUAGCCUUCUACUGAAUGAAAAGUUGCUGGAUGCUUGUGAAGAUAUUAUGAAGACACCCAACAUCCUCCUGCACCAUACCAAGGCCCAUUCCAAGCCUCCUGGCACUGGCUCUCCUUUCCCUAUGCAUCAGGAUUAUCACUACUUCCCUUUUGAGAAGGAUUCAAUGAUAGCUGUGUUUAUAAGCCUGGAUGCAGCUGACCCUGAUAAUGGUGGGCUGUGUGUGUACCCUGGCUCCCAUAAGCUUGGUCCCCAGGAGGAUGUGAGCAAUGUCACUAACUACCAUUACCUUGACCAGGAAAAGUUUCCCAUUGAGAAGGCCACACCUCUGACUUUGAAGCAGGGACAGAUUGUGAUCUUUUCGUACCUGCUGAUCCAUGGCUCCUACAACAAUACCUCCACUGACCGUGUGCGGCGCAUGCACCUGAUCCAGUUGAUGUCUGGGGAAGAUGUGCCACUGGUUGCAGUGCAUCUGUCAGACUGCCAACGAAUGGUGCUGCGGGGUCAAUGCUUUACUAAGAAUGCUGAUAUCAGAAAAAGAUUUGUCAAAGAGAACAGUCUUUAAAGUGCUAUCCCUAUUUGCAGCUUAAUACCUUGCUUGUAAGUAUUGAGGAUAUAGGUAGUGUUGUUAAUUCUUGUUUUGUUGUUUAUUUAGAGCUAAUUGAUUGAUGUUAUCCCAAAAUCAGUGCCAUGUUAUAUGAAUUAAGAAAGAAAAUUGACAUUUCACAAACCUAGCUAUAAUUUUUUUUUAGAGUCAAAAGUCAUUUAUAAUACAUGAAUAAUAAUAAUAAUGAUAAUGACAGUAAUAUGAAAUACAAUAAGAAAGUCAUAUCUGCAGCCAAGAAGCUGCAGAAAUUAGUAACAUCUUAUGAGUUUAACCCCUUCAACACGAGGAUGCGUAUACUGCGUCCCUGCGUGCCCCGUACCAUGUCCAAGGACGCGCAUACUGCGUCCUGGCUCGAUCUAGCCAAUAUACGAGUUAUUUUAUCUCUAUAUUUAUGCUUACAUUUCAAAAUUAUCAAUUAACUUGUGUUUCUUUAUGUGCACCAUUUAAUUCUGCAUGUUUUCAUAUAUAAUACAUGGUUAUCUUGAGUUUAUGGCUGAAAACUUGUUAUAUUCAAUAGCGAUAUUUGAAAUUUGGCGCGCGCGGCGAUCCCGGAUACGGUGCAGGGCGCUGUUUUGGCCCGGCCAUAGAGUUUCUUUAUGUGCACCAUUUAAUUCUGCAUGUUUUCAUAUAUAAUACAUGAUGAUUAUGUUGAGUUUAUGGCUGAAAACUUGUUAUAUACAAUAGCGACAUUUGAAAUCUGGCGCAUGCGGCGAUCUCGGAUACAGUGCGGGGCGCUGUUUUGGCCCGGCCGUAGUGAAGGGGUUAAGACAUGGAAAAAUUUAAAAAUCUUUUUUAAAAGGUAACAAAUUGUCAUCAUGGUGUCGAACAACCAGCAGGUGGAGAGUCAAAUGUUCAUGCAUAUGUACUUGUACUUGUGCUGCAUCAAACAUAUAAGCACUGCAUUCCUUUAUGCAAGUUGCUGCUGAUCAUGACUACAAUGCAAAGUUAAACUUUACGGUAUGUGAUUGAAUUUAAUAGUCAAGUUAUAUUUAUAGUAAGGAAGAGAGCAGUGAAGGGCAGACAGGUAAUGGGUGUGCUAGAAUUAUGAAAGGAAGUGUAAAUAUUAGGGUAAGGAGGGGUAUAAGAAUGGCAUUAUCCUCUCAACUCCAUAUGCAUCUGAGGCAGGGACUUGGAAUGUAGCACAGUAAUGACAAAAGCUUACAGUGGAAAUUAUAGUUACAGAAGAUGUACAUGUAAUGUGUCAAGAAGGAAUGGAAAAGUAAUGUAAUGAAAUAAUGAUGUGGAUGAUAUUUUUGGUAUAGAUGCAAGAACAAAUGGAAUGGAUUGCAGAGUGGGUGAAUGGGUGAAAUGCUGUAUUCUGAGAUGGCUUUAACAUGUGAAAAAAAUGAAUGAGGAUGACUUCGUGAAGAGGGUGUAUGAGGGCAGGAUUGAGUGAGAGGGUAUCAGGGGAAGACCACCAGUGAAUUGGAUCAACAGUGUUGAUGAAUGAUGAGUAUUGAAGGGAGAGGGUUGGCCGGUGAGGGAUUGAAUGUACUUGGGGGUAGUGAUGGAGGAACCCCGUUUGCAGAAGUUCCUGUGAUGGGAAAGAGCAUUGGAGACAUAAAUAGACGUACUACAAAGCAGAAGGUUCAAGAAUCAAUGUUGGAAAGAAUCUACAGUCUUUUAAUAUCAAGUUAAAUGGAUAUUGAGACCAAUAUAGUGUGACAAAACAAUAGAAUUUGAAUAAAUUGAUUGGGAAUUUCUCCUAUAAGCUUUCAUAACUAGAUCAUUGUAAUGUGAAAGACUCAAAUUUUGUAUAAUUCAGGAUUCUUAAGAUAAUAUCCAGUUAUUUUGUAGCAAUAUAUUAACAAAUGAAAACAUUAGUGUUAUUCUUUUUUUGCAUAUCUACAUUAAAAUGAUAAACUCUCCGGGGAUAUUGAUGAAAAUAUAAGUUUUAAAGAAUA